AUGCUACUCAAUGCUUCCGCCCUGUCGACCAGGGUUCUCAUCCUCUCGUUGACAGGACUCAUCCUCUUCCUUUGGCUGCUCGUCCCUGGCAGCUCCUCAACCAUCAAAAACACCAUCUCCAUUACCACCAGUAAUCAUGCCUCUGCUGGGACGCUAGCUGAGCGACAAGUUGAUUUCUGGAGAUCACUCCUUCCUGUCCUCGAAUCCGCGGCGCCCAAUUGUCCCUCCCCGAAACGAAAUGGCACGACGGGCGCGAUCGGUUUCGACGCCGCCAAUCCCCCAGAGCGCCCGGUCCGCAUCGAAAUGCUAGAUACCGAUAUUCUGCAAAUGCGCGAUGCACAUUCACAAUUUCUCCAGAAAAUCAGGGAGACACCGGGAUUGCGACCGGUCUAUGUACCAAAGACGAGGGGGAUAGUGUAUGCUGCUGGCGGAAAAUAUCUUCCCGUAUUUGUCAUUGGUUUGCGCAUGCUGCGCCGCACGGGAUCCCAACUCCCAGUCGAACUGUUUUUGAAAGACAAAACGGAGUAUGAGCCAAGGAUUUGCAACGAAGUGCUACCAGUUCUAAACGCAAAAUGCGUCGUGCUGGCAAAUAUUCUGGAAUCCGCGGUCUCAAAUUCAACGAAAGUUGAGGUAGCAAAUUAUCAACUAAAAGCAUUUGCGAUGCUAUUUUCUUCAUUCGAAGAUAUUGUCUGGAUCGAUGCAGAUUGUUUUCCCCUGCAUAAACCGGAAAAUCUUUUGGAUUCCGAGCCAUAUACGGGCACGGGCAUGGUGACCUGGCCAGAUUUUUGGAUCUCUACUGUGUCACCUCAAUAUUACCUCAUCUCCCAACUCCCAGUUCCCCCAAUCAGUCUUCGGGCCUCUUCUGAGACGGGAGAGUUUCUUAUUUCCAAGAAGAAUCACCAAUUGACUCUCCUCCUAGCCACUUAUUACAAUUACUACGGCCCAUCGCAUUAUUUUUCCCUCCUUUCUCAAGGAGCCCCAGGGGAGGGAGACAAAGAAACAUUUGUGCAAGCCGCUUCCGCUGCCGGCGAGCCUUUCUACACCGUCAGCGAGCCAGUGAAACCUAUUGGGCAUCGCAAGGAAGACGGCCAAAUAGCUGGCUCUGCGAUGGUUCAGUUCGACCCUAUUGAAGAAUACAAGGCUCUUAAACACAAAAAUACCAAACCACCGCGCUCAAACGCCCCACAAAUCAACCACCUGGCUCGCCCACGCGCAUUUUUCAUACAUGCCCAUUUCCCCAAAUUCAAUCCCGCGACCGUAUUCUCUAAUACCUCAGAAACAAAGCCCACCUAUAAACCCGAUGGGAGCGACAGUCGUGCAUGGCUGGUCGACGAAGAUACCAUUAAAGCGUUUGGAUAUGAUGCUGAGAAAGCGUAUUGGGAAGAGAUCAAGUGGGUGGCGUGUAAUCUGGAAAAUGAAUUCCAGUCGUGGAAAGACAAGACAGGAAUAUGCAACAGGGUAAAUCAGUAUUGGAAUAAUGUUUUUGGGGGAGAACAACCUGAUGAGCUGAACCUUUGGAGUAUGUGA